UGCUGUACAAGAAGGGUGACCGGUCCAACUGUAGCAACUACAGGGGGAUUUCGCUACUAUCUCACGUAGGCAAGGUCCCCAUCUAGAUAAUCACCAACCGUCUAAGCGCCUUCUGCGAAGCCAACAACAUCCUCCCGGAGGAACAGUGCGGAUUACAACCCGGGCGAUCCACCGUCGACAUGCUGUUCGUCGUGCGCCGCCUCCAGGAGCUGGGGCGGAGAAAGAAAAUACCGCUAUACAUGUACUUCGUCGACUUGAACAAGGCGUAUGAUUCGGUGGACCGAGAGAUGUUAUGGAAGGUGCUGGCCAGGGCCGGGAUUUCCGCGAAGCUGAUCGAAGUCAUCCGCCAAUUCCACGAUGGAAUGCGGGCCCGGGUGCGCAUGGACGACGGAGAACUAUCGGACUGGUUCUUCGUGACACAGGGCGUGCGACAAGGAUGUGUGCUAUCCCCACUGCUGUUCAACAUCUUCUUCGCCGAGGUCCUCGAGGUCGUUGUCAUCCGAUUCAGCGAGGAUGAUGUUGUU